CUGACCAGGUGUCAGUUGCGGAAUCUCCAUCCGGAAGACCCGCGGCUACCGAGGAAGGGGAGGAGGAGGCGGAGGAGGAGGAGGAGAACGCAGAGCCGCGGGACCCACGCACACCGUGACCGCCCACCCGGCUUGCGCUGCCUGCUGCUCGCUCGACGCCCCUAGAUCACUCCCACCCCGAGAGCCCGGAGCCGAGAUGGAAACUGUCCAGGAGCUGAUUCCUCUGGCCAAGGAGCUGAUGGCGCAGAAGCCCACACGGAAUCUGGUGAGGCUGUACGUGCUGGGCGGCGUGCUGGCGCUCUUCGGCGCCGUGCUCGGCCUGAUGGAGACCUUGUGCAGCCCCUUCACGGCCGCCGACAGCCUGCGGGAGCGGGAGGCAGCGGUGGCCGAGCUGAAGGCCGCCCGGGAGCGAAAGGCCCUCCGGGCGCGGGCCCUGCUGGAGAAAAGCAAGCAGCUGGAGGCCGUCCAGGGCUGCCGGGCCCCGACCAACCGGCUGCACGCCUCGUAGGAACCUUGGGGGCCGGCGGAGGGAGGGGGAGAGAGACACACAGGGAGAGGAGAGUGAGGCAGAGCGCGAGGGUCGGGCUCGAGUGGGCGUCUCGUGCUGUUAGGACUAACGAGAAGCUACUGAUUUUAGAACUGAACUACCACGUGGAUCCACCAAAAGGCGUUUGGGAUUGAGUUUUGCUGCUGUGCAGCACUGCAGAAAGAUGACAUGUCCAAAACCUUCCAGCUAUCAGACUGCAUCCAGCAUUUUGCACUAGGGUGAACGGAGGAGAAAUGCUUUUUAUAUUAUUAUUGUUGUUAUUGUUAUUAUUAUUACAGUGACCACCAUUUUGCAUUUUGAAAUAAAAAACGUUUUGUAUUAUA